UUUGGCGGAAUAUUCGAACGUUCCAACAGCAAAUCCGUUCUUGCGAUUGUGGAGCAAAACACUUUCAGAAUCGCAAAAUAACACAAGAACACAUCCGUGGUAUGAUGCAUUAUAAGCACCGGGAAUAAUAAAACGACAUGGACCGCAGAGGCAGCCAGGAGAGGAAUGAAAUCGCUAAACUGACACAGAUGAAAUCGAAAGUAAACAGAUUGAGACGGAGUCCGAAAUCUGCGACACAAAACCCUUCACGCAUCUGUCAGCCAGCAGAGUUCAAAACACCUACACGUCCAGCAAGAGGUCAGUUCAGAAGAGUGAUACCGGACGACUCCCCGAGCAAUGAUCCUGAUUUUCAUCAAGAUAUCAUAUGGGAUACAACAUCCCCAUCACCAGUCCGACAUGGUCGAGGGCACAGGAGACCUGCAAAUGUGCGAUCGGUGGAUAUAUCAGACAUUGCCAAUCGCAUUGCUCCAAAGAAUGGUAGACUGGAAGAUGCAGAUUCAUCUUUGUUGCAGUGGAUAGGGGACAGUGCCAUCCCCUGCACCCCAGAAGUGCAGCAACCCAAAGUCAAGAGCGCAUCAACAAAACAGAACACUGUAGAAGAUUUAAUGAGGCUGGCCAAGCAGUUUGACUUCAACAUGAGGCAGGAUGAAGCACAGGAACAACAUUUUCUUGGACCGGGUUCCAAAAGUGCUGUGGAUCAGGGGCUGGCGCACUUUUACAACCCGUCCACAAUAUUACACAAUGGCUUUGCUAUGAAGUGUUGCCCCGUUGCUGUAAAUUCAAGCAAUGAGAAACCUGCGGAUCAGAAAGCCCUAUAUCAAGAGAUGGAUGAUGAUCUAGAUUUGCUUUUCGAUGGUCCGACCCAGCAGCUCAGCGGGCGUCUAAGUCAGAUGUCAGGUCGUACACAAGAUGUUUCCGAAAAGGCAAAAGAGAAAAAUCUCACGGCUGUUGAAGCUUGCGAUUCAGCAAGUAAUUCUGUGGCAGCCUGUGAUGAUGGUAAACAGGUUGACAAUGCUAAUGAUUUUGAGGACGACUGGAACAAUGACAGUUUUUUUGAGAACUCACUGUUGUUGGAGAUGACACAGAACCAGGAUUUUCUUGCCGCUUCACGGAGUUGUUCGACACAAAAACAAACCAGUGAGAAUCAAAGUGAUUUUAGCAGUUAUACACGCAACAAUACAAUUGCACCCAAACCUCAAGAAGCUAGAAAUGGUGUGAAAUGUAGCACAGCUCAAGGACAAAAUGUCAAAAACAGACAAACGUUUCAGUUGGACACUUCUCAUUCUGGUCACCAGUCGCAGGCGAAACCCCACGGAGGAUUGCAGAGACCUGGAAAUCACUUGGAAGUUAACAACACAAGUCAGGGUACUGCUACGAAUAAAGCUUCAACAGUACUUCCAAGCCACGGUUACACCAACCAGUUUAAACAGUAUCAGCACGAAACUGAAAUAAGAAAAACUCAGGAUGUUCAGAAUGUAUGUUUUAAGUCCAAUGCCAAAAAAACACCAGCGUCCACCAGCCCAUGUAUAAUCCAACCCUUCCAUUCAAAGCCUGCUACCACACACCACAAUCUAAACCCUGGCUGUGUCAAACAAGAAAUAGAAGAUAUCAUUACUGGCCAAGAUGGCUUUAACAUUGUUUUAGAUGAAGACCUGGACUCGUUUUUUACAUCUGAUGACAUCUGGGAUGAGGGAGUCGAGGAUGAUGACUUAUUUUGUGAGGCGUGCGACAAUCUUGAGGAACCUGGCAACCAACAGACGAGCAAAACACAACCUAAAGCACUACGGAGCAGUGUGUCACCAAACACGACUUACAUCAAUUUUGAAACAGCCGGUCAGCAGACAGUGUUUGCUCAUCCUAACCCACCCAGAAAGGCACCUUAUAAUGACUCUGUGUCUAGCGAAAACACAUCAGCGCCUGUUUACAGGACGAAAACUAACGCUGUGAAUUCUGGACCUGAGACGGUGAGGCCAUCUUGCCCUGCAAGUAAUGGACAGUAUAAAUUUACACAGGUGGGACGCUCCUCUUCGGUGGUGGCAAGUGGCACCUAUGCUGGUGUCGGCACACAGCAGGGUUACAACAGGGGUGUGCUGACCACCCUUCAAUCUGAUGUGAGGAUGUCAGACAGUCAGCAGUUUCAAAAAUCAUACUUUGCAUCAAACAGGUCUUCACCAGUGGUCACCAAAGAAGUGUGUAACACAGCAGCCUUGAAGUGCAGCGAUGCUGAGAUCGAGAGGAAGAAGCAGCAAGCUUUGGAGAGGCGGAGACUCCGGAUGAUGUCCAGUCUGAAUCUCAGAGCUCCUGUCUGAAUCACUGUUACCAUGGACAUACACAACAAAAUUGCCCAGCUGAGUUCCAGUAGCACAUGAGGAGUUGCAUUAUGUUUGCAUUGCAAGUUAGUGUCAUGAUGUCAUCAAAACAUCCAAUAAUAAUCAACAGGACUUUGUUAUUUUGUAAUCUGAAGUUGUCUCAUCAUGCAGCUCGCUUGUAGUGUAUCCGACAGCUGAAAAAAUGCUGAUCUAAGAUCAGUUGCCUUACUCGUUAAUAGCAAGGGAUAGAUUUUUUUUCUUCUAUUUGAGAAUUGUGAUACAAUAAAAAAAUUGUUUAUUGACCUAUUGAUGGGUCUCACUACCUCUGGUUUUUAUUUAAAAAAUCUGGCUGUUUAUUUUGUAACAUGUUUUUGUUUAUGUUUCUCCAUGUCAGUGUUGCUAUACUUUCCUUCAAAUCUGAUUUCAAGAAUUUAUUUUUCAAGUUUGUUAAAAUAAAUUGUUCUUGUUCAGUUGUUUUUAAAUGAUGUAAAUAUUUUGAUUUGUUUUAUUUAAUUUUUGAAUAUAUAAAUAAGCAGCCCAGAGUAUUAAAGUGGCUUUUACGCAUGUGGGUGACA